AUCUACAAAUAGUACGAAAAGAUAGCAAAAAAAAAAAAAAAUUAAUUAAUUUGAUUCAGUACCUUAUUAGUAUUAUAUGCAUAUUAUAUGUUAUUAUUUCGAUUUUCGACUAUACUCAAUGGACAAUUAAAUAAUUUACUUUUAUAUUUUAUUACAUCUCAUUAAAUUUAUCAAAACAUUUAAACAAUAAACAGUAUAUAAAUCAUGAAUAAUGAUGUAUCAAGCGAAACAUCAAAUGUUAAGAAUGAUGAAAUUAUUUCAAUUCAUAAUGCAUAUAAAAAAGAAUUUAGUCGUAUUAGUGAAGAACAUCAAUAUAAUUUAAAUAGUCUGGAACAAUGCUACAAAGAACAAAUAUUAAGUGUAAUUAAAGAAAAGGAUUCAAUAUCACUUCAAUUACUAUCAAUUUUCCAAUCUUUAUUUGAGCAUUUUCAAUACAAGUUAAAAAAAUUAAGGCCAAAAACUCAUAGAGUAAUAAUUGAUACAUCUGCUGAGAAAAUAGAUUUUAUCAAUGAAACAUAUCAAUGUAUCAUAAAUAGCUAUGAAAAUAAACAACAAGAUUUAUUCAAAGAAAUUUUUGAAUUAAAAAAGACUAUCAUGGAAGAAAAGAAGAUUAAUUUAAAUGUUUCAUCAAUUGAUUUGCUAGAAAAGGAGAAUUCUAUUUUAAAGCAAAAUUUGAAUUCUAAUGAAUUAAAAAGAAAUUUUAAGUCAGAGUUAAUAACAGGAGUUCUUUUAUGGUGCUUAGGUGUAAUAGUUUAUCACAAAAAGGGCACGAUUCCAAAAGAAUAUCCAAAAAUAGAGUAUUUACUUGAACUUAUUUUAAUUAUUACUAUAAUUUGGUAUUUGGGAAAAUUUGGAGAAGAUCGUAAAUUAGGCUUACUAAAUUUAAUUAUUUGUGGAACUUUAUGUUGUGUAUUAAGUUUUGUAUAGAAUAUAACUAUUU